GCUACCGCUAGUGGAAGAAGAUGGCGGAAGGCGGAGCGGCAGAUCUGGACAUCCAGCGAUCUGACAUCGCGACGCUGCUCAAAACCUCGCUCCGGAAAGGGGACACCUGGUACCUCGUGGAUAGUCGCUGGUUCAAACAGUGGAAAAAGUAUGUUGGCUUUGACAGUUGGGACAAAUACCAGAUGGGAGAUCAAAACGUUUAUCCUGGACCCAUUGAUAACUCUGGGCUUCUUAGAGAUGGCGAUGCCCAGUCACUUAAGGAGCACCUUAUUGAUGAAUUGGAUUACAUACUGUUGCCAACUGAGGGCUGGAAUAAACUUGUCAGCUGGUACACAUUGAUGGAAGGUCAGGAACCAAUAGCACGAAAGGUGGUUGAACAGGGUAUGUUUGUAAAGCACUGCAAAGUAGAAGUAUAUCUCACAGAAUUGAAGCUCUGUGAAAAUGGAAACAUGAACAAUGUUGUAACACGGAGAUUUAGCAAAGCUGACACAAUAGAUACAAUUGAAAAGGAAAUAAGAAAAAUCUUCAAUAUUCCAGAUGAAAAGGAGACCAGAUUGUGGAACAAAUACAUGAGUAAUACAUUUGAACCACUGAAUAAACCAGACAGCACCAUUCAGGAUGCUGGUUUAUACCAAGGACAGGUGUUAGUGAUAGAACAGAAAAAUGAAGAUGGAACAUGGCCAAGGGGUCCGUCUACUCCUAAGUCCCCAGGUGCAUCCAAUUUUUCAACUUUACCAAAGAUCUCUCCUUCAUCUCUAUCAAAUAAUUAUAACAACAUCAACAACAGAAAUGUGAAAAACUCAAAUUAUUGUCUCCCAUCAUAUACCGCUUAUAAGAACUAUGAUUAUUCAGAACCUGGAAGAAACAAUGAACAACCAGGCCUCUGUGGCCUAAGUAAUUUGGGAAAUACGUGUUUCAUGAACUCAGCUUUUCAGUGUUUGAGCAAUACACCUCCACUUACUGAAUAUUUCCUGAAUGAUAAGUAUCAAGAAGAACUGAAUUUUGACAAUCCCUUAGGAAUGAGAGGUGAAAUAGCUAAAUCUUAUGCUGAAUUGAUCAAGCAAAUGUGGUCUGGAAAGUUCAGCUAUGUCACACCAAGAGCCUUUAAGACACAAGUAGGACGUUUUGCACCUCAGUUCUCUGGAUACCAGCAGCAGGACUGUCAAGAACUAUUAGCUUUCCUAUUAGAUGGACUACAUGAGGAUUUGAAUAGAAUUAGGAAAAAACCAUAUAUACAAUUAAAAGAUGCUGAUGGAAGACCAGAUAAGGUAGUUGCUGAAGAAGCCUGGGAAAACCAUUUAAAAAGAAAUGAUUCUAUCAUAGUAGAUAUAUUUCAUGGCCUUUUUAAAUCAACUUUAGUAUGUCCGGAAUGUGCUAAGAUUUCAGUAACAUUUGAUCCUUUCUGUUACUUGACACUUCCAUUGCCCAUGAAGAAGGAACGUACCUUGGAAGUUUAUUUAGUUAGAAUGGAUCCACUUACCAAACCUAUGCAGUAUAAAGUGGUUGUCCCUAAAAUUGGAAACAUACUUGAUCUUUGUACAGCAUUGUCUCUUUUGUCAGGAGUACCUGCAGAUAAGAUGAUAGUUACUGAUAUAUACAAUCAUAGAUUUCACAGAAUAUUUGCAAUGGAUGAAAAUCUUAGUAGUAUUAUGGAACGUGAUGAUAUUUAUGUGUUUGAGAUUAACAUAAAUAGGACAGAAGAUACAGAGCAUGUGAUUAUUCCUGUUUGCCUGAGAGAAAAAUUUAGACACUCAAGUUACACCCACCAUACUGGUUCUUCACUUUUUGGGCAGCCUUUUCUUAUGGCUGUUCCACGGAACAAUACUGAAGAUAAACUCUAUAAUCUUUUGCUUGUGAGAAUGUGCCGAUACGUCAAAAUAUCUACUGACACCGAAGACACUGAAGGAUCCCUACACUGCUGUAAGGACCAAAAUAUUAAUGGGAAUGGCCCAAAUGGCAUCCAUGAAGAAGGCUCACCAAGUGAAAUGGAAACAGAUGAGCCAGAUGAUGAAUCCAGUCAGGAUCAAGAACUGCCCUCCGAGAAUGAGAACAGUCAGUCUGAAGAUUCAGUUGGAGGAGAUAACGAUUCUGAAAAUGGAUUAUGUACUGAAGAGACUUGCAGAGGUCAACUCACGGGACACAAAAAGCGAUUGUUUACAUUCCAGUUCAACAACUUAGGCAAUACUGAUAUCAACUACAUCAAAGAUGAUACCAGGCAUAUAAGAUUUGAUGAUAGGCAGCUUAGGUUAGAUGAAAGGUCUUUCCUUGCUUUGGAUUGGGAUCCUGAUUUGAAAAAAAGAUAUUUUGAUGAAAAUGCUGCUGAGGAUUUUGAAAAACAUGAAAGUGUGGAAUACAAACCUCCUAAAAAACCCUUUGUGAAAUUAAAAGAUUGCAUUGAGCUUUUUACAACAAAAGAAAAGCUAGGUGCUGAAGAUCCUUGGUAUUGUCCCAAUUGUAAAGAACAUCAGCAAGCCACAAAGAAAUUGGAUUUAUGGUCUCUGCCUCCAGUACUUGUGGUGCAUCUCAAGCGAUUUUCUUAUAGUCGAUACAUGAGAGACAAGUUGGAUACUUUAGUUGAUUUUCCUAUCAAUGAUUUGGAUAUGUCAGAAUUCCUAAUUAAUCCAAAUGCAGGUCCUUGCCGCUAUAAUUUGAUUGCUGUUUCCAACCACUAUGGAGGAAUGGGAGGAGGACACUAUACUGCUUUUGCAAAAAAUAAAGAUGAUGGAAAAUGGUACUACUUUGAUGACAGUAGUGUCUCAACUGCAUCUGAAGACCAGAUUGUGUCCAAAGCAGCAUAUGUACUCUUCUACCAGAGACAAGACACUUUCAGUGGAACUGGCUUUUUCCCCCUUGACAGAGAAACUAAAGGUGCUUCAGCUGCCACAGGCAUCCCAUUAGAAAGUGAUGAAGAUAGCAAUGAUAAUGACAAUGAUAUAGAAAACGAGAACUGUAUGCACACUAACUAAUGAAAGUCCUAGAAGCCAUAAAAGAGAGACUUUCCUGCUGGUGGUAUCUGUUGAAAUGAUGAAGUUACCCACCACAUUAAACAAAAGUCUGAGAUGGGGAGUUUCAGAUCACUGAAUGUAAAUCCUUUAUCAGAUUUUAACUUGUGCAGUACUUGAAGUGAAACACAAUGAAAACUUUAACAGAAAUUGUCUCUUAAUACAUUUACAGUCUUGUAUUUACAAGCUAAAUAUAUAUAGGAAAUC